GCAUUAAUCGAUUGAUAAGCCAAUGGACAAAAAAAGUGUCAAAUAUCGAAUCGGAAAUCAAUUUCGGAUUAAACGAUCUACUUGUUUGGACAAGAAUAUUUUUCGACCUGACAAUGUUCGCAUUAUCGGACAGGCUAACAAUCAGGUUAUACUUUGUUUACUCAUUGAACAACGAUUAUUGCUUACGUUUGAUCAACAUGCUGUGCAUGAACGAAUCCGGUAUGAACAAUUACUAAAUGCAUCAUUUCAUCAAGGUUUUUUGAGUGGUCAGAUAAUAAAGCCUCCUUUUGAAAUCCAAAUGCCUCAACAACUUUGUCAACAAAUUACGGAUGAAAUAUUGGACAAAUUUCAUCGACAACUAAACACACGAAUGACAGUACGACUAACCGAUUCAACGAUCAUUGUAAGCAAUGUGCCUACCUGUUUUGGUCACAAUUUUCAUCAUCCUGGAUUAUUUCAAGAUUUUCUAAUCGAUGCGAUUCGAUAUUUCGAUAGUGAACAACAACCUAGCAACCCUCAAAGUUCACCAGGUCGUAUGACACCAUUCUUGGUCGAACAGGUUCGAACCCGAUCAUGUCGUGGAGCUAUUCGAUUUAACGAACAGAUAAGUCGAUAUGAAUGCGAAGAAAUGAUCCAAGCAUUGACCGCAUGUCGAUCAAGUUUUCGAUGUGCUCAUGGUCGUGUACUAGUCAAACCAUUAUUAUACAUUGGCCAGGCACAGGAAACGGAACAACGGAAUCGUCUAAUGAAUGAAGCAUGGCAACGAAAUUUCCAAUUGGCGGUUGUUACCGUUGUCGAACCAAAAAAAACAAUCAAAUAAAAGAUAAUUUAUUUA